UAAACUGUGGUUUGUUGUAUUGUCAGUUCGCGACGUUGCCAUGCCAACUGGCAACCGCUUUGUUCUGUGAUGUUGUUUUUCUAUUUCAGUUUUCAACCACUUCAAGUAGUUCAACUUUCAAACAUUUUGCGAUGGACAAGUUUUUCAGGCUACAUUUAUGAAUUACUUUAGAGCUAAGAGUGUAACAUAUUUGUAUACUUACUUUAGUGCUGCUAUUAUCAACAAUGUUAUUAACAUCACUUUUUAUCGUUCUAUUCUGUAAUCACAAAGCAUCUUCUUUUAAUUUAGAAGAUAUAAACUUGCCGUUGGAACAUAUGCCUUAUUUCUUUAAUUCAUUUCCUACUUAUGCUGAAUCUUGUUCCAAGGACGUUAACUGUCUAUAUAAGUCAUUACUUACUAAAAAGGCAUGCUGGGGCUAUGAUACAAGCAAUUGUAUAGAAAAUAAUUCUUAUCAUGUGCGCCCUCAUUGUCCUGGAGAUCACAAAGGUUGGGUUAAAACGAAAGAAGCCCAGUAUGAAACAUUUUAUACACAGGCAGAUUUUGGUUAUAUAAAAGAACAAAUUGAUGAGCUUAUGGUAAUGUGUGAAGCUUCUGUGCCCGAUGAUAGUUCUCUGGAAUGCUCAAAGUAUUUGAGGUUCUGUAGAGGGAGGAAUCUUAUGCUUAACUUUACUGGACUUGUUGGUCGUGGAGAUAAUUUAAGAUACAAAAUGGAUAUCUUGGGUCCUAGACAAAUUGGUGGUUAUUGCAAUUUUUACGCAGACAGGUUAAUGAAGGAAGCAGAACACAUGAGUGCUCUGCAGUCUUGGGGCCCUGAAUUUGUUAAUUUUGUGAAAACUCCAGAAAGGCCAAUUACUGACGGGAAGUGUGAUAUUGUUAUAGACAAACCAACUUAUAUAAUGAAGUUGGAUGCAACUGUGAACAUGUAUCAUCACUUUUGUGAUUUUUUUAAUCUGUAUGCAUCUCUGCAUGUGAACUCAACUCACCCAUCAACAUUCUCUAGAGAUAAUAACAUUCUCAUUUGGGAAACAUUUACAUAUACAUCUGCAUUUAAAGAUACAUUCAAAGCAUUCACAAUUAAUCCAAUAUGGGAUUUGAAGAGAUUCCGAGGCAAAGUUGCAUGUUUUAAGAAUGUUGUGUUUCCAUUAUUACCUCGCAUGAUUUUUGGACUGUAUUAUAAUACACCUGUGAUAUAUGGCUGCGAAAGGAGCGGUUUAUUCCACGCAUUUUCAAAGCACAUAAUACAUUCUUUAAAAAUACCAUUACAUGUACGUACAAAUGAUAAAGUAAGAGUGACCUUACUAUCAAGAGGGACGACUUACAGGAGUAUUUUAAAUGAAGAAGAGAUAGUAAGAGAGUUAGUCAAAGUGAAAGGGUACCAUGUGGAGAGAGUGGUGUACGACAGAAGUGUGCCAUUUACAAAGCAAUUAGAGAUGACGCAUAAUACAGAUGUGUUUAUAGGAAUGCAUGGAGCAGGAUUAACGCAUUUAUUGUUUCUGCCUGAUUGGGCAUCAGUUUUUGAAGUUUAUAAUUGCGAGGAUCCAAACUGUUAUUCCGAUUUGGCAAGACUUCGUGGACUCAAAUAUGUGACGUGGACGGAUAAAAAUAAAUUAGUACAACAAGACGAAGGACACGGCCCAGGCGGUGCGUCUCAUGCGAAAUUCACGAAUUAUUCGUUUGAUGUGAAAGAAUUUCUGAGAUUGGUGGAAAUAUGCGCGUCGUACGUGCGAGAACGAGACGAUUUCAAGAAUUUUAUUCACGCAUCGGUUGCUCGCGAUGAAUUAUAGAAGUUGUGUAUUUGCCUUUUUGAACGUCUUACGCUUAUGAAACUGAGAAAUCUUCUGGAUUUCAUAGAUUUGCACUUUAUGCUGAUAUGAAUAUAUAUGAAAAUAAUAAUAUUAUUUCAUUUACACUUGAAAUGAAAUAAUAUUAUUAUCAAAGCGGUCUUUAUCGUGAAUACAUAAUACAGAGAGCUUAAUGAUCUUAAAUAUAUAUAUAUAUAUAUAUAUAUUCAAUGUAUUGAUUACGACAAUGUAUUAAUUUUGUAAUGAAAAUGUAAAAUUGAACUUUCUGCAAAGCAAAUUGUACUUUAUACCUUGCAUACAAAUGUUUUCACGAUUUUUUGAUAUUUCUCGCAAAUACUUGUCUUAGUACUUUAAUCAAUUGACAUAAAGUCGAUUAUGCAUUGUUUAAAUAAUUGUAAUUCUAGAAAAAUGUGUUAGCAUAAUAACCUUAACAUGUUUAAUAUAAUUAUUGCUUCCUAACUCCUAACACGGCGGGUACGUCUUAGUUGAUAAAAUCCAGUGUACUCGUACCAAUACAAAAAAAUAAAAUAAAUAUUUUGACAUACCGUGUAGUUUAUGCGGACGUUCUAAAUAUUUUACUUUACUGAA